UAUGAAUGAAGAUGUGUGGCGUCUGGAAAACUUGAACACGUCGAUGAAUAGAUGUCAAACCUGCUUGUGUCGAGUGAGGUGUCUGUGUUUGUUUUUUAUGACAAAAUAACUUGUUUUUCUUAGGAAAAUAGGCGUUAGGUUGACGUAGGGCCUAACUAUUGAUAGUAGUUUAUUUGUUAAAAUCUGAGAGAGGAAAAAUAAUGGCAAGCCCAAGAACCAGGCGAGUUUUGAAAGACCUCCGCCUUAAACAUAAUAAUAAUAACUGUUUCGAAUGCAAUGCCCACAAUCCUCAAUGGGUUAGUGUAUCAUAUGGCAUUUGGAUCUGUUUAGAAUGUUCAGGCAAACAUCGAGGCCUUGGCGUUCAUCUCAGUUUUGUAAGAUCAGUUACAAUGGAUAAAUGGAAAGACAUAGAGCUUGAAAAAAUGAAAGCUGGAGGGAACAAUAUAUGCCGAACAUUUUUAAAAUCGCAACCAGACUACGACCCAAACUGGAACAUGCAAGAGAGGUGGAACAGCAAAGCAGCUGCACUUUUCAGAGAUAAGGUGUCUACCGAGGCAGCUGGCAAGACCUGGAAUCAAAGCCUCUCACCUGCAAAUAAUCAUGUAGCCAAGUCUUACGGCGGUCUCAAAACAGUUCACUCAGCGCCAUCUUUUGGAUCCAUGUCUUCUACUAGUUCUAGCAUCAGCUCUAAUAAUCAAAAGCAGUCACAUGAAUUUGAAGAUUGGCUGAACACUGGUAAAUCAAAAAAAGAAGCCAGUGCAGAGAAAGAAGAAUACUUCUCCAGAAAACAGCAAGAAAAUUCACUGAGACCUGAGAAUUUACCCCCUUCCCAAGGGGGAAAGUACAUGGGAUUUGGCAGUGCACCAGCAGAAGCUGCACAGCAAAGCUAUGGGGGAGAUGAAAUAUGGCAGAGUUUAUCAUCUGGUUGGAAUGCAUUUACUGUAGGUGCAACAAAGGUCGCAAAGGCAACUAAAGAAGGGGCAGUAAAAUUUGGCUCCGCAGCUUCACAAAAACUCUCAAACUACCAAAGGAAGGAGCGUGACAUACCUAUUCUAAUUCAAGAACCAUCAUUUGAUGACGAGACUCAAGAGUACGCAGAAAGUAUGAACAAGAAUGUAAUAGCUCCGACCAAAACAAAGGUGAACGACGGAACUCUUUGGACUGAUCUGUCAUCUGGAACAAAGUCAUGGGCUUCAAAGGUGGCAUCAUCAACACAGAAAGGUUGGAAAGAUUUUUCCAAAAUGUUAACAGACAACCCAAGCAGCCAUAAUGCCCUAGAAAACACCUCACCAUCUGAUGACCCCUUAAUUGAUUUUGGGGACUGGGACGACAAAGAGGAGCGAGAGCGUUUAAGAUCACUUGAUCCUCAUAAAAAUGACACCCCUCUCCUGCAUAAUGAGCCAUCCCCAUCGAGGCAAAAGAGCGAUGAGUGGACGAGCGAUGGAUGGGGGUGGGGUGAGAACGAUGAUGAAGCCAUUGAUGACAACCCAUUUAAUCAACAAAAAACCAAGUUGGUUAGCGAUGGCUGGGACUCUUGGCAGGAAGAGGAAGAAGGCAAUCUGUUAAUAGACAAAAGUAAAUCAACAAAACACUCAAAGAAAGCAACACUGGAGGACACCUGGGAUGAUGCAGGUGGCUGGGAUGAUGCAGCAUGGGAAGCAAUUGAACAAGAGGUCAAGAAAAAGCCCUUGACCAAAUCCAGUAAAAAAGAUUGAUGAUGGCCUCAAUCCAGAGGCUAUUGACCCUGGAUGCUUUCCAACAGCAUGCGACAUAUCUUACUACUAUUGAAUAUAAAUAUAAAUAUUUUAGGAACAUCAAAUACAAAGGGUUUACAUUGUAUUUUGCACCUUAUUUUAUCAGGCCUAUUGCAACAAAAUAUCAAAAUCUGUUUUAUAGUGGCUCUCCUGAAAAGCUGAUAUCAUUGGCCGUGUUUCUGCGGCAUUGAAUUAUCAUACAGAUAUCAGAAGAUUAGAACCAAUCACCAAUGGACAGGUUAGGAUAAUUACAUUUUAAUAAGAAAAAGAUAAUCGCUUUGAUAAUGAUAAUAUCAGCAGUUUGUGAGAGCUACUUUGAAAUUAAAUAAGUUUCAUAAAGGAUUAUUUAUUGAUUUAUUUAUUCGGAUAUAGAAAAAAUAUUUAUUGGCAGCAGCAAGGCUGAAAUGAGGUCGUGUAUGUAUAAUACAAUUUAAAUAAACACAAUAACCUUGUUCAACAACCUAUUAAAUUUGAUUACUACACAUCUGUAUUCCAAAAUUCUAAAAAAUUACAUUUUACAGUAUUAAAGUGGAGAGAAAAACAGAAAUAACCAGUCAAUUCACCAAAAUAAAUUGUCAUGAGAAUAUCAACUUGAAUUCUAUUUGAGGUUUAUUUCACAAAUUCCAAGUGAAAGCCAAUGGUUUUUAUGCAGUUGUACAUAGGGAGCGGUUGAUGGAUUGAUUUCACUUUAAACCGCCAUUGUGGAAUUUGCUUGUUUUUCGAAAACGCACUUUACCUACAGUACGUUUGUCUCUCUCCACCCAGGAGUAUAAAUUGGUACAUGUUAGUAUGUUGUAGAAUUUAAUGUAUUGGUCUGUCAGUAGUACGUGGCUAAUAUACUUUCACUGCAGUGAAGGUUGCCCUUUGUGCUAAUUUGCCAAUUUAUAGAUCAAAUGACCAGGAUUUGAGAGUUUUUUUUUAUGUGCUGUAUAAGUUCUGAAUAUUUAUUAUUAAUAUGUAAAAAUAUCAUACAUUAAAAAUUAAUUUAAAACUUGGCACAAGCUUGCCUUCAAUGAUAGCACUAUCAAAAAACAAAUCCUCACUCCACAAAUACACCUAGUUAUACUUCUUGGGUUUUAUUAUUAUGAUUGUUAUAUUAUUGCUUUUAAAGAUUACACAGUCGACAUCAUUGAUUGAUUCCUGUUGGUUCAUCAUACAUUUGAGACCUUUGCAUUCUACUAAUUCACCAUGUAAAAACAUUUUGAUUUAUUUUGCAACUUUUCAAUAUAACAAACACUUGGAUCCCAUUUUUAUUGGGCCUUGACCAUCUUCCCAGCUCUCAGUCUCACAAACAGAUUCUUUAUCUGCUGCCCUCUCUAGUGUGGCAAGCAUCUUCAAUCCAGUAUAGGUAGUUGAACAGGGUUUUAUGUGUGUUUGGGUCCACCUCCAUGUGACAUCUUCCCACAGAAAAGUUCACUUCUGAAUUGAUGAAAAUACACAAAAUUUUAAUUGACUAUAUCAUUUUUGUAAAUGUAAUUUUUCCUCGCAUUAUCAAUAAAGAAGUUUUUAAGGCCCUGGAAAUUAAUUAAUUAUUUCAAUCAUAAAAAUAAUUUCAGUAAAGUAUUGUUUGUUAUUAUUUCUUUUGUUGGUGUUGUUAUUAUUUCUGUUAUUAUUGUUCAUAUAUUUUUUAAUUAUAGAAAGUAUUCUUUCUAAAAUCAAAAUGUAUUAGUAUUUAUUUUAAUAUUAUAUUGUGCAUGCUAUUAUAGUGUACUGUAAAUGUUGUGCUUCAUGGGUAGCAGUGGGCAUGCUACUCAUGUACAUGCCUUUGAAUUGUUCAAUAUCUUCUCCUUAGGUGAUUAGGAAGCUUUCAGUUUCCGCGACGACACAACUCUAAAAUGGAUUCACUCGUGCGUAACCGUGCUAUGUUCACUACACAAUGUAGAUUUGGCCAAAUUUUGAACUAGAAUCCACACGAAGAGAAUCAAAAACUCCCUAUUAAUAACUGCUUUUUAAACCCACCUCGUAUCCCUAACUUCCUGAAAAUAUAUACGUUUAAAUUGUUGGAAGGAUACUUCCAGCUAUUCUAUAAGUGAGGGUAUCAAACACUCGAAUAAUUCUUAAAUAUACUAUCUUGGUGUUAAGCACAUAAGCUAAAAAACAUUUUUAAAUGAAUUAAAUAUUUUUAAUUCAUUGUUUUAUUUGAAAAUUGAGAAUACUUUCCUCGCCAAAUAAUAGAUGCAUGAUACUUUCCUGUAUUCCUUAUAUUAUAAACUGUCAAAUUCUCUAGUCAUCAUUCUAGGGAAUUCCAUAGCAUGUACCUAUUAAUAAUUAUUAUUAUUAAUAGGUCCAUGUCAUAGUAAGUAAACAUCUGUAAAUUAGUUUUAAAAAAAUGAAUUGUUUAAGGUUCUAUUACUGACAAUAUAUCUUUAAUAUACAUUGAAUGGAUGUUUAGUGCAAUGGGAUGGAAUGUUUUAUAAAAGAAAGCAUAGCCACAUUAAAUGGAACAUUCUAUUUUUCAGCGUAUGAAAAUAUUCUAUCCCAUUGAAUAAAAUGAGAAAUAUUUGUUUUAUACACCUCCUGUAUAAAGAUCAUCUGCAAUAGCCGGGUUAAAACAUCAAAGCAAACAUGGUGUGGCCGCAAAUUAUGUCUACAUUUAGGCAUGUCAAUGACUAAAAAUAAAUUGUAUGACAAAAUUACACAAAAAAUAUUCAAAAAAUGUCUUCAUCUGUGCAAUGUACGCUUCUUUUAUUGAAUAAAACCAUUAAUCCCAUGUGACCUGUAAUCAUCCAAUCACAUGGCAAGAAUCUACGUAGGUGUUGUACAGUAUAUUAUUAACAAAUAACUGCUUAUAACUUACAGUAGGAUAAAUCAUUUAUGUAAAAAUACAUACACAGGUGGGUAUUCUAUGUUUACCACUGUGUUCAGUAAAUGUUUAUGUAAUUUAUUAAUUAGGUGAAUAUUAUUAUAAGUUGUGAAUAAUAAAUAAAUUAUGAACAUAGAAAGCCAUUGAAGGUCAGUCCUAGUUCAUGUUCUCCCAUCUAAUUAAUCUUUCUGUCAGUAGGUAAUAAAUUUUAUGUACUGUACAAACA